GCGAUGAGAGCGAAAGUUACGCUGGGUUUGGUGCUGGGGGCUUGAAGCGGCUCCACGUUCCGACCGUCCGGGCCUUCCCCAGCACCAACUUGCGCGCGUGGGCUCCGGCCGCGCUCGCUCAGCCCCGCGCCCACCUGCGCCCCCUCCUUUCGGCCCGGCACCCCCUCCUCAGAAGCCGCGGGUCCCCGCCACUUUCUCCCGGCCCCGGCCCCCGCCGAUGCCGGCCAUGGUGGAGAAGGGCCCCGAGGUCUCAGGGAAGCGGAGAGGGAGGAACAACGCGGCCGCCUCAGCUGCUGCCGGCUCGGCAGCCGCCGGCUCGGCCGCCUCCGCCCCGGCCGCCGUCGCCUCCGCCCCGGCCGUCGCUGCCUCCGCCUCCGCUUCGGCCGCCGCCGCCCCCAAUAAUGGCCAGAAUAAAAGUUUGGUGGCGACGGCACCCAAUGGCAACAGCAGCAGCAACUCCUGGGAGGAAGGCAGCUCUGGCUCGUCCAGCGACGAGGAGCACGGUGGCGGCGGCGGCAUGAGGGUCGGACCCCAGUACCAGGCGGUGGUGCCCGACUUCGACCCCGCCAAACUGGCAAGACGCAGUCAAGAACGGGACAAUCUUGGCAUGUUGGUCUGGUCACCUAAUCAGAAUCUGUCAGAAGCAAAAUUGGAUGAAUACAUUGCUAUUGCCAAAGAGAAACAUGGCUACAACAUGGAACAGGCCCUUGGGAUGCUCUUUUGGCAUAAGCAUAAUAUUGAAAAAUCAUUGGCUGAUUUGCCCAACUUUACCCCCUUCCCAGAUGAGUGGACUGUGGAAGAUAAAGUCUUAUUUGAGCAAGCCUUUAGUUUUCAUGGGAAAACUUUUCAUAGAAUCCAACAAAUGCUUCCUGAUAAAUCUAUAGCAAGUCUAGUGAAAUUUUACUACUCUUGGAAGAAGACAAGGACUAAAACUAGUGUGAUGGAUCGCCACGCUCGGAAACAAAAACGGGAGCGGGAGGAGAGUGAGGAUGAACUGGAAGAAACAAAUGGAAAUAACCCCAUUGACAUUGAGGUUGACCAAAACAAGGAAAGCAAAAAGGAGGUACCCCCUACUGAGACAGUUCCUCAGGUCAAAAAAGAAAAACAUAGCACACAAGCUAAAAAUAGAGCAAAAAGGAAACCUCCGAAAGGAAUGUUUCUUUCUCAAGAAGACGUGGAGGCUGUUUCUGCCAAUGCUACUGCGGCUACCACGGUGCUGAGACAACUAGACAUGGAAUUGGUUUCAAUCAAACGACAGAUUCAGAAUAUUAAACAGACGAACAGUGCUCUCAAAGAAAAACUUGAUGGUGGAAUAGAACCGUAUCGACUUCCAGAGGUCAUUCAGAAAUGUAAUGCACGUUGGACCACAGAAGAACAGCUUCUUGCUGUACAAGCCAUCAGGAAAUAUGGCCGAGAUUUUCAGGCAAUCUCAGAUGUGAUUGGGAACAAAUCAGUAGUACAAGUGAAAAACUUUUUUGUAAAUUAUCGACGCCGCUUCAACAUAGAUGAAGUUUUACAAGAAUGGGAGGCAGAACAUGGUAAAGAAGAGACCAAUGGGCCCGGUAACCAGAAACCUGUGAAGUCCCCUGAUAAUUCUAUUAAGAUGGCUGAAGAGGAAGAUGAGGCUGCUUCUGUUCUUGAUGUCAGAUACGCAUCUGCCUCAUGAGAAACUCUGGUACCUUUGAACACUUGGUAUGGACUACUGUGUUAUCCAGGAUUUCAGGUAUUAUGAGACAUCACCUAGCCAUCUGCAUCACAUCUCUGUGGACAAGCAGCUAUUACCAAAAAAGGCAUACACUUCCAGUCCUGUGCUAUACCUGCCUUAAUUCUUUGCUCAUUCCUCCAUUUUGGCACUACUUCCCAGAGAGCUCGGCUAUAUCUCUCACUAUCUCUGCCUAAGUGCUGGGGAACUGCAGGGCUGUACAACACCUGUAGCCCCAGGAGCCAAGGUCAGAGUCCUCAGCCCCAGUGAUGGCAGCUCUUCCCAGUUGACAGCUGCGGAACAGGGAGUCUGCUCAGAAAGCACCGCUCUGCUCCUGCAUGGCCUGCGAUUUCUACUUUGUGUAUAAUUCUCAAAGUAACUGUGACCCUAUUGGCCUUCUAGAAAGUUCCUCUUGUUCUUUUCUGAGACAGCCACCUAAGUGAGAUCAUGCUUCUUUGGAAAUCACAAUAUAUUAGCAGACUGUAUGGUGACCCUUAUUGUGCCAAGUGUCCUGAUGCAAGUCACAUUUUCUUAAAUGUAGGGUAUAAUUACAGUUUAUAAAUUUAGUUGGCUUAAAUCCCUCCUCUCUCCCUUUCUAAGUGGUAAAAAUCUCAUUCACAGCAAUUAUUCCUGAAUACUGUAGCUAAAAGGGAACGUGGACCUCAGCGCUUUUCUGCCUUCAACUUUCAGCAUUGUGAUCCUCGGGUGGAUACCACCCCAUCCCUUCCUGACCACCCCCUCCCCCCGCCACCACCCAACUCCAAGGGAUUCGGUCCAUAUCACUGUACCUGGUGCUUGUACAUUUGGAAUUGGUGCCUUCUCCCUUUGGCAACCGUGUUAUCAGUCCUUUUUCUGUUUUGGUGUCUUAGUUCUUUAAAGUUUAUUGCUAGCCAAAGAUGACAUCACUGAGAUUAGGAGACGGGAGAGUUUGCUGCAGAUUCUGACAGUGUAGAUUUUAAAUGUCAAGUUAACUCAAUAAAGGAUACUAGAGUAGCUGGUGAUGAUUUUAUAAAAGCUACACAUUGCUCCCCAUUCUCUUGCUGUGUCUGGCCUUUUAUAUGGCACUGCACAUGUCCAUCUGUGUCCUUCAUGUAUGGAUGUGAUCACAUGAACACCUUCCCCUCUUAAUAUCAGAGUACAGGACAGAGAAGUGAUCAAUGUACUGGUCUAGCAAGACCAAGAUAAAAAAAUCUACAAAGUAGUAUAUAAUGCCUUUUAGUUGGACUGGGAACAAAUAAAUUUUUCUAAUGUUUCAAGACUUCCAGAAUCACUUUUGUUCUUUUACCAGACCGUGGACCUGCUAAGGAUUGCAGAGCACCUGUCAAAUUGUGCUCUAGCAUACCCUGUGCCCACGCACAGCCAGUCAGACUGCACUAAAUACGUUGAAGUAGCUAUUGUUGUUGUUGCUGUUGUUUGCAUCAUUUAAAUAUUGUUUUCUGCUUUCAGUACCAAAAAGAAAAUAAUGCCCAUGUGUUAAGGCAUAAACAGAAUUCGUAAGAAUUUAAAAUAUGCAAUUAAAAUUUGAUGUGUUUUGACUCCCAAGCACCUUGCCUUUUUUUUUUUUUUUAAAUCAGCUGAUUUUUCUUUUUAGAAAUAGAGCCACCUAGAAACCUAGGUGUUUUGAAAUUAUACAUUCUUUUUUAGAAGUCUGGAAAAAGGUCAUUCAAAAGGGGAGCACAAUGGGACUUUUCCAACUUUGAUCACCAUAUCCCUACAGCAGUUAUCUGUCAAUCAAGCAGAAGCCCAUGCAAGGCAGUAUCAGAGGAGCCCUCGCUUGCCACUCUUGCUGGAGACAGGGCAGCAUAUAACACUAGUAAGGAACAUUGUUAUCAUAGCCUACUGUGUGAUCACAGGGCGGCAGAAAGAACGUGGGAAGGAGUCACCUAAAUUUUGCACAUCACUGAAGGGGGACACCAAGGCAUGGACUUCAGCUUUGGGUUCUCCUUGCUUCCCUCCAGACCUCCUUCCUAUUAAGAGAAGCAGUAGGCAAUGGUUGCAGUGGGUUUCCCACUCUGCCUAGAGAUCUGUUUCUCUCUUCCCACCCAGGCUAUUUUCCUUAAAAAUUGAUCCGUCCUUGCAAUGCUUGGAAGCUUAAUACUGAUUCUUACGUAGCAAGGCAAGGAGGUGAGCAGUGCCAGGCACUCAUCUAUAUUUUGCAUUGUCCCCUCACUUGGUUCUUGGUACUGGGUGAUGGUCUCCAACCCUGUGAAGUCACUGUGCUGGUCACUUGUGAUCACAACAGCUGAAUUCGGCUUUCUCCCCCAGGGGAAGGGGCAUGUCACUUUCAUUUGACAGAGGGAAAAAAGGGUAGUUGUCUUUGCCUGACUGCCUUUGUUGUAGUUAAUGCAUAAGAUAGCGUGUGUUUUAAACUUUUCAUUACACUGUCUUUGCAGUGAUGUAAAUGCAAGAAAUCACCUAGCUUUAAAAGCUAAGUGGUUUGAUCUUAUUUAUGUGAAGACUCUUUAACAUAUCAAGAAUUAGGUGCAUUGGCAGGUAGUGUUUGGGAUGUGAUGACUGCUUCAGAUGGUAUGUUCACUGAAGCUUUGUCUUCUUAAAAAUUAUCAAUGUGAAUGUCAUAAUUUUAUAUAUUUUUGUGGAAAAUUUCUCCUAAGUAUAAGUUAUUGUGCAAAAUAUAGUAUCAUUGACGCAAAUAAUAGUUUAACUUUUAGUUUAGAAAUCCUAAAAGAUAUAAAUUGUAUUGCAUAUGCAUUAAAAGUUUGUUCUAUUUAAUUUUAUAUAGAUGUGUAAAAUGUUAGGUAAAAUUUUUUUUCACUUAUCCAUUUAAACACCUUGUUACUUGAAUAUUGUGUUAACUGGUCUGUGACAAUGAUCAGUUCUGUAAUAUAGCUCUUUUAACCAGGAAGUGACCAUGCCUCAGUUGUGCUGGUUAGGUUAGUAUGACAUAGUCGGUGCGAGUGUUGGCAGGAGCCAGAUGUUAGUGUAAGGCACCCACUGAAUUGUCAUGGUGUAUUGGUCAAGACACUGCUUCCUCAAAAUGGUUUUUGAUAGUUUCAAACCUAUAAGAUCCUUUGAUGCUCAUAAACCUCUAACUGAAAAAAUGGAAAAAGUAGUUGGGUUUUAAAAGCUUACUGUGGUGGACUAAUUAAGCAGUUGCUUUCUGUUCAUAUAAAGUUUCCUUAGAUAUCACACACCACUUUAAGUGUGCUCAUUGUCACUUUAAAUUUUAAUUAUUCCCUAUUUUUGUCUUUCUAAAUAUCAGAUGUACUAUUGGAAUAAUUGCACACCAAAAAUAAGCCAAACAGUGCAUUACACUGACAGGAUUCCUGCUUUUAUGUGAGCAAUGUAAAGAUGGAGCCAACUCAAAUGAGAGCCUCUUUUUUUCUCUCUUGUCUAGGCCUGUUUCUUAAGCUAAUGACCCAGGAUUUAAGCUUUUAAUAUCAAGUGAAACUUUGCCUCAGAUUGACUCAAAGUAGUUAGGUCAUCAAAACCUAGUGAUCUCGUGCAAUGCUGUUUCUGCCACUCCCUGGAUCUCUGCAGCUUUUCCUAAUUGUAGUAAAGCACAAUUGCAGUGACGUCGCAAUUCAGAAGAAGGAAGGUCAGCAUAGCCUAUGCAUGUUGUGUAAUCAUGAGUGUUUACAGCCACCUUCUCCUAAAAUGAAAAUUUAUACUGGGGUGGGUAGUAUUCCAUUAUGUAGACUUAUCAACUUUGCUAAGUGCUUUUUAGACUGCUAAAAAUUUUUUCAAGUAUUUUAAAAGAUGUAUAAGGUUAAGUUUGCAAAUAUAAUGGAAAUGCUGUAUAUCUUUUGAAGUGAUAAAAUCCAUGUUGGAAUUUUAAAGAGAAUAUGUUGUAAUAAUGCUGUUGUAAGUAAUAUUUUAAUGUCUCUCUUUGCCUGUUUUCUAUUUCAGCACAUUAUUGUGGUGAAUGUUCAUAGCAUUAUAACUGCUUAGCCAUUGAAUGAUAACAUUUGUUAGUGGAAAUUGGAAAAUUUAUUUGUGAAAUUCUGCAGAAUUCAUUUUUCUAUUUCCAAUAUUUGCUGAAGUUAAAUAAAAAUUUUCAAGCCAUUGAUGUAAUAAAAUAUGAAACAAAA